AUGCCACGCAGUCUCGAUCCGCAUCGGACACCGGACACUACGCUACGCGCCAUUGUGCACCCCGCACGAAACAAGCGCCCAAAGUUCCCCUGGUCCUCACUUGCUCGCAGCUCGCCGAUUGUUCCACCAGCGCGCACGAAACGCUCCACUCACAUGGAUGCUCACCCGGCGUCGCGCUCGUCUCCGGACGAGACACCCAGCGCAACUGCAACGUCACUCCGACCUCAUGCCCUCAUCCGUCCGCAACAACCGACACAGCCGUCCUCCGCGCCUUCGCGACCCACGACGCACACGCUCUUCACGUCAACGACGCCCAAGAAGUUCUGUAACAGACCUUCGUCAGUGAUCUCCGAAGACGCAGCCAAGGCCAAGGCAACUUACCUGCCAGCUCCGGCCGUCACGCACGACGACAACGACGACAACGACGACCCGUCACCCUGCACGACAAGCUGCGCACAGGCUCGCUGCCAAGAGAUCCUCCCACGCGGUGGUUCGUCUGCAACCCUAGCCGUGAAUGUUCCUCCCGAGCAGCCGCGAACGUUCCUGGGCGGGCAGAGAACGCAUGCCCCCCCUCGGAUGUCGGGUGCUGCCAUCGAGUCACUCUGCGCACUGACCACUGCGAACGACGCGGACGAGCCUUUCCGUCGAGCCUGCCUCGGUUACGGCGCGUCUCGGGCUACGCCGGGAGGACGCGGUUGGGACGCGCUGGGGAUCUCGUACGAGACGGUGCGGACGUCCUCCAUUACCGUCUGA